AUGAAACAAAAAGACGCUCUUACAGUUCUUCUGACAGGCAGGUCUGAAGCCGGAUUCGCCGAACUUAUCGGACGCAUGAUCAAGAGUAAACAGUUGGCCUUCGAUCUGGUCUGCUUGAAGCCAGAAGUUGGCCCGAACAACCAACGCUUUGCAUCCACUAUGAAGUUCAAGCAGAACUUCCUAGACGACCUAAUGCGUACGUAUAGGGAGGCUGACGAAAUCCGGGUUUACGAGGACCGUGUAAAACAUGUCAAAGGUUUCCGUGAAUAUUUUGAGCAGUUCAAUAGAGAUGCUGCGACAGGCGGUCCGUCUGCUACACGAAAACCCAUCACCGCUGAGGUGAUCCAAGUAAUGGAGAUGGCCAAGUACUUGUCUCCAGUGACCGAGGCAGCCGAGAUCCAGCGUAUGAUCAACGCACACAAUGGAUCACUGGGAAAUCCAAGUGCAAACAUCACCAAGUCGCCCUAUGGCAGACUUGAAUUGUCCAAGACCACAUUCUACACAGGGUACCUCCUGUCAAAUGCCGACGCUGUUCGGAUAAUAGAUAACAUCUUCCUUCCACUAAUCUCAUCCAGCGUUGCUGACACAAGUGAAAUCAAGUUCAUGUCGAACAGUAUCCUGAUCACGCCACGGUCUGCUCCCGAACCCAUCCGUGACAAGGUUGGCGGACUGGGGAAGGUCGUCCGUUGGCGUCUCACAGACACAGGCCAUUUUGAACACAAGCUAUGGGCUGCAAGAGUAAGCCCGCUCGAUAGUUCAGUGGUCAUCCACACUGAUAAUCCAGAACCCAUCAUCGUUCUUGGUAUGCGCAAAGGCGUACGGCCAGCAGAUGCCAACAAGAUCCGUAACUGGACGCCAGUUACCAAGGAUGAUUCACUAGUAUUCGACACGGUAGUCGGUGAGAAGACUAUUCUGCGCGUGCAGGAAGAGGAUGUAGCACGGAACGGCGCUGCAAGCCGCGGAGGCAAGAGAAGAUUCCAGUCAGACACUCGUGAUGAGGCAGACACAUCUACGCGGGGUUACCGCGAUAUGCAGCAGCAUCGGCCACCCGCCCCUGAAUAUUCAGGUGGCAGGCCCCCCCAGAACCACAAUAAUCGCCAUUAUAACGGACCACCACCCCCGUUCCGUGGGAACCGCGGUAGAGGUGGGCGAGGUGGAAGAGGUGGCCAUGGUCGUGGUCGUGGCCGCGGUCCAGGAGGUAGAGACAACUAUGCAUCCAGGUAUAGGUCCCUGGAUGACCAUGCUGUCGCGGCCGGCAGUCACGAUAACAUGAUGGACGGGAGAGGGCCUGGUAGAGGACCUGGUGGUGGCCCAGUGAUGAACUAUUAG